AUGGCUGGAAUAGCCAGAGCAACUCAAUACAAAGGAAAUAUUGUAUUUAGUAAAAAGCCGCACGAAUUUUACGAAAACAACGAGAUUUCAUAUGUGUCGCUUAGACUUACACCAAUUAUCUUUCAGUCCAUGUGUUUUCCUUUAAUUUAUCUUUCAAUGAGAUAUUUUCAAUUUUCAUACUUCGCUUCAUUAUCAGCAUCUCUUAUUCUCAUAUUCGAUACAUCAAUUACAGCCGAAGGCAAGUACAUUUUAUCUGAUGGACUCCUUCAUUUCUUCUCUUGUCUUCAUAUUUUUGCUGUAGCUUUACUAUAUGCCCAGAACUUAGACAUUCAAGCAAUACUUUGUGGGGUAACGCUUGGUUGUGCGAUAUCAUGCAAAAAUACCGCCCUUGGUUUAAUUAUUUUUACUGCUGUUGUACAGCUUUUUUGGAUAUAUAAUACUAUGCCAGAUGUUGCUAGUAUAUUCUAUAGAGCAGCCUUGAUCCUCUUGCCAGCUAUUUUUAUUUAUAUUUUAGGUUUUACAAUUCAUUAUUUGUUAUUAUGGGAACGUCAAGAUUCAUUUGGCUAUAUAGAUAGUCUGUCUCUUAAUUUAAUGCUUGACAAGACGAAAUUCCCUGGAUAUUUAAUAACAAAAGGAAGUAUUUUCUUUAAGAUAUUUCAAUUGUUGUUAAAAAUGCACGCAAGUAACAUGAAAAUAGUUACUCCUCAUAUAUCAGGAUCUAUGCCUAUUAAUUGGCCAUUUCUUAUGGAUCGAAGAGUAUAUUUCUACGGAGCACAGAAUAGAAUAAUAGCAUGCAUGGGAAAUCCAUUUGUAUACUAUGCUUCAAGCAUUUCGCUUGGUUUAACAAUGAUUUUGAUCUUUUUCAAACUUGAUCAUCGUCAUUUCUUCCUUUUAUUCGGUUGGAUAGUAUCUUAUAUUCCAUUUGUACUUAUUCCAAGGGUAAUGUUCUUAUACCAUUAUAUAAUACCCUUAUUCUUCGCAGUAAUGAAUUAUUCCGCUUUAAUUGAAACAAUUUUGCCACAAAAACUGGCAAAUUUUGUGUUAUUUGUUACAAUUAUUGUAUGCUGUUACGGAUAUUGGUACUUUUCUCCAUAUGUUUACGGUUCUUUCUGUCCAAACUGCGAUCAAAAGAAAAUAUGGGAUGAAAGAUGGAUCAAUGGACCGAAUACUAAGCAGAUAGAUGAUGAAGUCACUGAAGUUAGAUAUACAACACUUCCUGAAUGGUAA